AUGAAAGCCACCAGAGCUGAUACCCCGCCAGCUGAUGAUAUCCUGACAUUACGGAGAGAAAGAGGCAGAAAUGCCCAGAGGGCCUUCAGACAGAGACAGAUUACGACGAUCAACGAGCUUCGGGAAAGCAACGAAGCGAUGCGGGUUGCCAUCGCGUCUCUAACUCGCGUCGCAUCUCGGCUAGGAAAUGCGGAGCUCAAUGAUGCCGUGCAUAACGCACGGCAGGCUGCCGGCUUCGAUGAUGACACGGAAUGGACCGAUGGCAGCGAUGAUGGACACGCAGUGGACCCAAGCACAGUUGGUCAACAACGGACACAAGCACUCACUCUGACCGGCGCACCCUCGUCGCCUCCAUCUGGACAUUAUCGCACAGUGCCGUCCGGAACAGAAAAUGGACGGCCAGCUCAACACGAGGACAGCGCAGAAAACGGACAGCAACCGGGUUACCUGACCGGACGAAUGUCCCCACGGCUUGGGUACGGUCUCUGGCUGGAGCGUCCAGUUUUCAGGGUGAACAACCCUCCUGUCGAUAUUGUUCCUUACUUGGAAGCCAAUACCACUCUUUCUAGCGCCAUCUUCUGGUCGGGUCUGUUAUGGGGCUCCAAUCUUCUCCGGGCUGCUCUCGACGGUAAUAGCGAGGCCGCGGCGACGGCUCAUAAGGUAUUCGACGAGAUUAUUCCAAUGAAAUCUGACCGCAGAGUUCUUGAUGGCAUCCACGCUCGACUGAUGUUUCGCAAGCAGGGGUAUGUCACGUCUGAUCACCCCGGAUACGACCCUGAAGGCGAAAUGCGAAUGCAGGACAUAAUGGUUCGCACAUGUGCAGCUAAUGGAACACCGCUUGAAAGCUUUUUGCGGCCAGAUGGAGUCGAGGAUCUCUUAAGGGGCAGACUUGGAGAGGGUUAUCAGGUUAUUGAGCUGGGUUUGCAAGGCUUGGGUUCUUCGGAGGAUUUAUCGAGAGUCCGUAGAUUGAUUGAUAUGAUGAUUAGGAGCAGCGUGUGCUUAGGUGACGGGCCGCGGUUGAGGUUUGAGGCGACAGUCCAGAUUAUCGAGACUUGGUCGAAUAACUGGACUGUUUAG